CCUCCAACAUGGCGGCCUGCCUGAGGAGAGAGUGGACGAGUUCUCGCAAGACGCGACAGAUUGUGCGCGAUCGUUAAGCGCGUUCACGCGCACCCAGGUGGUUCUUCGAGUGGUGCUUUUGUUUUUGCUCUUCUUCCUCACCUUGUUUCUGUUUUUCUGGACUCACUCUCCGGUCGUGCUGGUCGUUGAAUGUCCUUAAGUCUUCCGAGGAGCAAGCGCGAAGGUACAAGAAUUGAGCUGAGCGUGCAGCUCCGAUCGCAGUCCCUACCUGUCCACGCCGACGCCUUCCAGCAUCGGGUGCGCCCCGCGCUCGUCGAGACAUGCCGCACUCGGAGCGGCGGUCGCAGUCGCUGACGCCCCAGAUGUCGGCGUGCGCGGCCGCCCGCAAGGCCGCCGGUGCUUCUGCCGAAGGAGACCACCGCGGCAUCGCGCCGGCCGUCGUUGACGCGACGACGGUGGGCGACGACGAGACCUUCUGGGUGCGCGGACUGAAGCUGCCGCGCGAGUUCUCUCGCACGCUAGUCGAGUCGGCGAUGGAUUACGAGCCGCGCGACGACGAUGUCUUCGUCGUCUCCUACUCGAAGUGCGGGGCCGCCUUCGUCCAGCACAUCGUGCACCUCAUCUUCAACAAGGGCCACCCGUCUGGCGACUACGUGCAGUGGAACAAGGCGACGCCGCACUUGGAGCUCGUGGGCGCGGAGGCGGUGCGCCGCAUGCCGCGUCCCAACGCCAUCAAGUCACACCUGCCUGUCCAGCUGAUGCCUUGGUCCGAGCAGGCCAAGUACAUCUACGUGGCGCGCAAUCCCAAGGACUGCUUCGUCUCCAUCUUCCUCAACCGACAACUCUUCCUCAAGCAGAAGUCCAUGGAUGCCGCCUUCCAGGAGUUCGUGAGUGGUGACAUGAUCUGGGGCGACUACUUCGACCACGUGUGCGGCUGGUACGAGCGGCGCGACGAGCCGAACGUGAUGUUCCUGCUGUACGAGGACAUCAAGCGGGCGCCGCACGAGGUGAUCGAGAGGCUGGCCCAGUUCCUGGGCGACGAGUGGCUCGAGUCCUGUGCGCUGGACGAGAGCGCGCUCGACAUGAUCGUGCACCACAGCUCGUACGAUUUCAUGAAGGAGCACGCCACGCGCACCGUGCACCGCUUCCAGGAGGCCGCCAGGGGCGACGACGACAAGAAGAACGAGGACGAAGAGGAAGACGUCGUGGACGACGUGGUGGUGCAGGCGCCCGCCCUGCGCACGCGGACAUUCGCGCGCCGCGGAACCGUGGGCGACUGGCGCUCCACGCUCAACGCCGGGCAGGAGCGGCAACUGGAACGGAUCCUGCGAGAGCGCUCCAAAGACUCGGGUCUCUGGAAGCUAUGGAUCGACUUGGACGAGGAAGACGACAGCGAUUUCUGAGUGGUGGACUGCAUGCGCCAUUGCACCCGGACAUAUAGUCAUUGCAGGAUCACUGAAGAAACCUCUAAACAUCUGUUGUUUAUACAUUAUGUAGGACUUCAAACAUUCCUCUUAUUCGUGGAAGAAAAAAAAGCUGCGUAUAGCUUGCGGAGAUGUCGAACUGUCGGCCUCACUUCUUGGGGCCAAAGUCAUGAAUCUUGUUCGUAAGAAAUGUUCGCUAUUGAUCUGCCUGCCUUUUUUGAUGAUAAGUCGGACGGGCUGAUGAGUUGGCUGGCCGCUGCUCUUGCAAACAUCUUUAGUGGUAGAAUCAGUUCGUGUGAAUGUGGUGCACGAUGCUUUGACAGAGCACUUGCCUUCUGCAAUUCCUUCCUUAUUCUUCAAGUGCGUAUAGGCUCCCUCGGGAUCGUCGACACGACUCGGUGGAACCGAAAUGGACGUAUAGAUAUCUAGCGUAUUACGUUUCAGUGUGUCUGAUCCCGCAAUAAGUGGAUCAGUCUUCGCCGUCGCCGUGUUCUACAAGGCUAUACUUUAUCGUUUAUGCUAUUACGAGUCGCUAUACUCGUAGCAGGGCCACUGACUUUCUUUGUGGCUGGAGUUCGCUUGGAGCUAAACUGUGAGUUAUCUACUGUCGGUGCUGAUCAGCGACAGUGAAUCCAUCACUGAAGUUGCCGCUUGGACAAGUUACGACGUGGAUGGUUGAAAUCACUCGCACCAGUUCGGACAUGGUGGUCAGUAACGAAACCUGAAUGACCACUAAAAGGAUUCGCCUUCGACUUCGGUGGAAAAGCGAAACGUGACCAUGCUACAUAUUGCGCAUGCAAGGCGUCUCUGUUUACUAGGCAUGCGUCAAUGUGGUAUAAUGUUUGAAUCAGGGGGUUCUCGAGUCAUCGAAGUCGGUCUGAUUAUUCUGUACAAACGUACGGGUUUUAUAUAUGUUUACAUGCAGGGAAGUGUGCCUGUAUGUUUAUUCUAAUAAUCCUGAUCUGCCUUUCGUAAAACUCGUACGAGAAGACAGAAAAGUGGUGUAGUCUUUGAUAUUCAGAGUGUUCGGCUUUUUAAUAAUUGAUUAGAACAUCGCUGUCGAGUUUGGAAUGCAGCUCAUCAUUCGCGUUAGAGCGGAAUCAAGCCUUAACUAGAAUGCGUGUGGCGUUGUGCAUUGCAGCGCGCAUAUAGUAGUAUUAUAUAGGUUUGAGCUCUGAACGAAUGCACGUCCUCGUUUCUAUACCAAAAGAAUCAAGGCAAAAAGCGCAGCUGUAUCAAACUCUGGAAGCAUUGACCCAAGUACACGACUUUCGGGCAUGGUGCAGGAUCGUGAUCACGAGUUUAAGUAUUUGUGGAGUUGACAGGGUGUCGAUGACAGUCCGCUGCCGCACCGGGCGGGAAUAUGUGUUUGGUGGCAGUGACAUUGAAUGAGUAUCCUUCCAUAGAUUGCUGAAUAAUGAUUGUGUAAUUGUGCAGCAUUACAACGGCUUGGGAGAGACAGGCUGAUCCAGAAGGAUCCGUGAUUUGUCCGUUCAAUUACGUGCGCUGUGACCAAUAGGCUAUUGCUGAGCCGGAGUUCACGAGUUCGACUCUCGAAUUCGGCAGCCGCAUUCCGGCGGUGCGCAUUGCAUAUAUGCGCUCACACGUGCACCGAUUUUUGAGCGCACGGAAACGUUCGUAGGGCUCGUACUAGUGCGGAACCCUAGCUGGAACGUAACUCAUAGCCAUCAUAAAUAGGUACAUCAUGACUACGUGAAAUAAAAUAUCGUCAUCUCAUUUUAAUCUCACCAGAUGCUUAAAUCUAGUGCGUGGUAAACGCUUAAGCGUGAGACCAGCGUGGAUCUUCUGCCGGUUUUUGAAGAUGUUUUUUUUUAGUCUCUAAUUGAUGGUUGAUCUCUGAAGCAGUGGCUCAUAGGCUAACUUAUAACCUCUUGGCGUAGCAAGAGUCAUAUAUCCCACUAUCAUUCAUUCGCUGUUCAUGCACGUUUGGCAUGACAACUAACUCUUCCGCAUCGCUAUGAUGAGCCUCGAAAACGGAUACGGGCAGUUGAAUACAGUGACUGCGAUUUGGGUAUCACCCCUUUCAAGCAUUUGCACUGUAAUAGAAUGAUUUGUUAAAGCUGGAAAGAGGUACGAAAGCGUGAGGUGCUGAUUACAUUACGUCGUUUUUCUUCGCGCAGAGCGUACUACUCGAGCCAUGCGCCCUGUAAUUGUAGAAGAUUAAACCAGUCAAAGGGACAUAUGAUGGAGAAGUGGCGCCAUAGUCGUUUUGGGUGCCUCUUCUUUCCUUCGUUGUUGGUCCUUUCUAUUGGGUUAUUGAUUCAACGUUAUAUGUUAAUUGAUUCAGUUUUAAUGUAAUUGUGAAAUUUUCCGCAUUUUUAAGCAGCCGAACAUUAUAAAAUUUGCUGAUUUUCGUACAAACAAUUCAUGGAAUAAGGACGUGUACGUGUGAAAGCGCCAACAUAUUGUUGAGUAAAGGUUACUGUGUUGGCUACUAUUCCGGACCAUUCCACAUGUUGCCCCAUUCAUGUGCUGAAGUUGCUAACAUAAUAACUAUGCUUUGUUCAUUCGAUAUCGUUGCGCUUAGAUUUCUUCCUUCUGUUUUGUUGAACAGAUUCCUUCCGUAUGAGGCUGUGAGUCUUUGUUUCUCGAAAAACGUUCGUUCCAGAAGAACAACAAGCUCAACGUUUUCGGCUUAGCCACCUAGUCAAACACUAACGCAUACUGCUAAACCUGCAUCACUAAAAGCACAGUUAUUGAUGCGCAUGUUAAAACGAGCUGAUGCAACAUCUACCCUUCACUACAGACAUCAAAGCCAGCACUGCUAUUGAUCCAGCUCAACUAUAAUUGAAUUCGUUUGUUCAUUAGUAGAUGUGCAAUGUGUUUACAGAAUAAGGGCUGGGAAGACGAGGCUACUCUUAAUACGUACAAAGGUGGAAAAAAAUAAAAGUUAUGGCCGAAACGUAUAAUUCGUCGUGUGCAUGAAAAAUUUUAUGUGAAAUACCAAGCCAGUAUUGCCGGCAACUAAUGAGCGAUCAUUUCUUAAGCUCAGCAAGUAGUAUAAACCCACCGAGUGCAUCGAAUAAAAAUUAGCCACAUUUAACUCUAUCCAUCAUAUGUAUCAUAUAAGAAAAAGAGAAGUGGAUCCCAUUCAUUUUAAUGUAUACGUAUCGAAACGGUAGACAGAUUUUUCGCUUAGCGCAAAUUUUGUGACACUAACGGGAGCCUAGGUCACAACCGAGAGCCGACCAUGCCCACCGUUCUCUAGGACAUGCGAAAUGUUGGUGUCUCUUUCUUACAGCUUUCAUAAAACGGUAAGUGUUGGUGGUUUUGACAGAGCCCCUUAGUACGCUGGCAUAUGCACCGUUGUUUCAAGCAGUAUAAGACAGCUAAACAGGAGCGAAUGCAUAAAGCGCGAAAGCAAAUAAGCACCGAACCUUUAACAGGUUUCGGCACAAAUAAUGUUCGCAGCGCUGCGAAGAAAUGACAAACAUAACGCCGCAGUGUAACUCCAUCGCCUGACGACGACGUCAAAUUCAGUGCCCCAUGCAAGUCCCUCGAUCGUCACGAAGCUCUUCUUGCAGGAUCCUUAAGAUUAAUAAUAAUAAUUUUUAGUGUUUAACGUCCCAAAACCACCAUGCUAUUAUGAGAGACGCCGUAGUGUAGGGCUUCGGAAAUCCCCUAAAUAUUAACAGUACAUACAAUUUGCAGCUGGUAUGAAUUUCGUGCCUCAUUAAACAACCACGUGAAAGCUCGAGACCGUCUGUUUCGUUUUAUGGCUUUCUUUUGUUAUUUCUACUGUUGAAAAUGCUACGAUCAACAACCUGUGCAAUAGAAUACUUGAUGGCGAUGCGCUUUAACAACCAUUCAUUUAAUUCAUGUUACUCACAAAGACCGCCUUUCAUCGUAAAUAGUUGAAUCCAUCAUGUUUUGUUACUGUUUAAAAAAGAGAGGCACAGAAGGGA